AUGAAGAUCCUCCCUCAAAAAGGUGAAGGAUACGAAACUGCUGCAGUAGGUUUCAUCGUUUGUAGCAUGGCCACAAACUUGGGGAGAAAGCUUCUUCUUCUGCCCAAAUUGGGCCAUAUUCACCCCUCAGGUAGAAAGGCAGCAGGCAAUGGUGCGAUACGAAGAGUGUAUAGCACAGAAAAGACAGAUGGAAGGCAUGAACCUUUCGAAAUUAUAGUCGCGGCAAUGCUUGCAGGUUCCAUGGCAGCGGCAUACAUCAUCAAUGAGCAUCAUCAACCAAGAGCGUCUAAAGAUUCGCUGAAUCUAAAUUACCUCGUUUCGACUCGAACCGCAAAGGCGGAGCCUCGGAGACGGAAGGGUGCUAGAAAUGUCAUGCUUCACAGGAAGAGAUCAAAGGCAGGCCGGGAUUUGCACUCCAAGUACAAAGUUGAUUGGAAAACAGUAAUCGGAGAAGGAGCUUAUGGUUCCGUGUAUCCCGCUAGAUUGGCUAGCACUGGGGAAAAGGUCGCACUGAAGAAAAUAUCAAAGCGAUAUACAAAUUCUUCCGCUUUUCGAAAGGAGACCGAAGCGUUGCUACGGAUAUAUGACAAUGGCGGUCAUCCCAACAUCUCGGGACUUCGGGAUAUGUACGAAGACAACUCGUAUUUCUAUCUCAUUCUUGAUCUGAUCAAGGGUGGAGAAAUGUUCGAACACUUGUCCAAAGAAGGCGCUUAUUCCGAAGCUGACAGUGCUAGGCUCAUUUUUGAAGUUGCGUCUGCCUUGGCAUUUUUACAUGGAGUUGGCGUUAUUCACAAUGAUCUGAAACCUGAAAAUCUCCUUCUCUGUUCCAAAAGUCGGCGCGACGGCACUAUUAAGAUUAUUGAUUUUGGGUGUGCCACAAUUUCUGAACCUGAGAUGAUCUUUCAGCGAGAAAUGGGUGAUCUCGAUACAGACGAGAGCGGAACAGUUGGUUACUCACCGCCAGAAAGGUUGAACGAGUCGUCCAGAUUGUCGCCCGUCGUUGAUACAUGGGCUGUUGGCGUCAUCAUGUACAUUAUGCUCACUGGAGUGCACCCAUUCGAUCUUAAUUGCGAUAGAUCUGAUGAAGAAAUCGCGGAAGCAAUCAAAGAGAACCCCUUUCCGCCAUUAGAUGAGGAUUAUGUCGGCCAUCUUUCCGAUUCUGCGGUUGAUGUUAUAAGAAGGCUGAUGGAACCAGAUCCCGAGAAGCGGAUGUCAGCCUAUGAGCUUCUGCAUCAUCCAUGGGUUCAGGGGGAGACUGCAACAACCGAAAAGAUGGAAGGAUCUGACAAGAAAUUGUCCAAUUUUCGAGACUUGAAACAUCAGUUGGAAGCCUCUAUAUUUGCUGUCCUGGUUAGUCAGGCACACAAAGAUUUGACAUUAAGUGAGGCAAAGCCAGCAAAUGCGGACGCUGACAAGCACAGAGGUGUGCCCAUUCUAAAACUUGUAUUCGACGUUUUUGACGAAGAUGGUAAAGGUUACGUUACUGGUGCCGACAUUGGCCGUCUUGUCACAGCACAUACUGGAGAGGUGUUGAGUUCAGAACGCACCGAUGCAUUUAUAAAGUCACAGAGUAGCGAAUUAUCUUCUGCCCCUGAGGUUGAUCUCUCGGACUUCUCGAAGCUUUUCAAGGGCCUCAAACAGAGGCACUAUCCCCGAGGUCAUUAUUUAUUUCGAGCAGGCGAAGAAGGGAGCUCAAUGUUUUUCAUCUCCUCGGGUAAGAUUGAGAUCCAAACAAGGAAAGGGCAACUUGUUGCGAUACUUCGAAGUGGUGACUUCUUCGGUGAGGGUAGUCUUUUGGAAAAAUCAAAUCGAUUCACAACCGCAAAAUGCGCCACUCCAGUUGAUGUUAUUGAAAUCAAACAAAAAGAUUUUGACCGAUACACGCGCACUUCUUCAGAGACCAGGAACGAGCUAAAGCGAAAAUGGAGAGCGCGAAAUCUAGAGUAUGCGAAAAAUCUUGUGAGAUUGGAGCGUCAACUAAAGACUCGAACGCUAAAAAAGGGUGACGUAGUGUACACUGAAGGAGAUGUUGGAAGUUCUAUGUUUCGAGUGGACGAUUCUGGUCAAGUUGAUUCUGAGUUGGAAGUAUUACACGGCUCAACACCAGUACAUAAAUAUCUUCCAGGUGAUUCUUUUGGAGAAUCCUCCCUUCUCUUCGAAAAACCCCGCAGCUCCACGGUGAGAUGUGCAUCAGAUAUUUGUCGAAUACAUGAGAUGCGGGGCGAAGAUUUUCUGAAUGUUGUAAACUCUAGCCCUGGGAUGGCUUCGGCUCUUCGCAACAUGUGUCGGAAACGACUAUUCAAGAAAGCAGUGAAACAAUUUUCACUACAAAAAAAUCGAGGACUGAGCGAUGACGAUAUUGUUGCUGCAUUUCAUGAUGCAGAUAUUGACAAAUCAGGUUCGUUGAAUAUCGAGGAAGUUAGGCUUCUAAUUCAUAGAAUCGAGCCAGACUUCCCAAUGUCGGAAAUUCAGCAGCUGAUGAGAUUUGUGGAUGUGGAUGAUGACGGUCUGGUUAACCUUGGCGAAUUCAAGAAGUUAUUUCGGCAGUUCGAAGAAGAAAAAUCAUAG